GCAGCAGAGGCCAAAUACAUCGCCGAAUUCAUGCGGGACAACUCGGACCGACUGCGCGCUGCGGAGCGGCCGCCAGAUUGUACUGUGGCCAGCGACGCAACUUGCAUGCGCCCCGCCGCGUCGCUGGCAGCGGCAGACCGGACGGCAGUGGUCGACGCGUGCCUACACCUUCUGCAUAAUGGAGUCUUGGAUGUAGUGGACAUGGAGCGCGUGAACGUCAAACAGGCCCGCGCUUUGCUCUGGAACGCGGCAUGGCUACAAGAUGUCAUGAACCGCAGGCGGACUGGGAAGACGGCGGUGCUGAGAGUCGUGGAAGCGGUGAUCUGCUACUUCAACGGACCCGACACGGUUCAGAAGUGCGCGCCGUCGAACUCCGCCGCGAGGCUUCUCAAGGGUGACACGCUGCACGCUCUCUGCAAGCUGCCGUUCGGCAACGUCACCGUGACGGGCAAGAAGGGCCGCUUGACCCGAUCUGUCUUAGAACAGCAUCGAGAUCGAUGGGAGUGUGCUCUCGCGUGCUUCAUCGACGAGGUGUCCAUGGUUGCUGCGGCGCAACUCUUCCAGUCGGAGGUCCGAUUGAAAGCCGCGAAGAAUUCCGCUCAGGCAUGGGGCGGCUUGGGAAUGACGUUGUCCGGAGACUUCAUGCAGCUCCCGCCAGUAGACCCGACGGGGGACAGCAGGAGCCUCGCCACAGACCCAGACGAAGUCGACGUCCUCAAUGAAAAAGGCCCAGACGCCACAACGAAGGACGCAGACAAGAAGAGGUCCAAGCACGUGGAAACAGUGCAGGGGCUUCAACUCUGGCGGAGAGUGCGACGGGUUGUGACGCUAGACAUUAACGUCCGGGCCCCUGGCCCUCUCAGUCAGCUGCUUGGAGAGAUGCGUGCUGGCCACAUUUCUGACGAGAUGUGGGCCUUAUACACCAAUCGCAUUCUGUCUUCCAACGACACUCGACCGCUGGACCCGGCGUCUCCAUUUGCAAUGCACCCGUGGACGUACAUCGUGCACAGACACAAGAUUCGAGCUUAUCGGUCCAUGCAAAAUGCGCGACAGCAGGCUUUGCGCACGGGGCAGCGCGUGUACGUCGUCCAAGCCCGGGACGAGCCAGUUCACCCAGGGGACUCUCGGAAAAUGACAAGCGACGUCCGCCGGGCACUCCUUCAGAAAGUAAGCCCGAAAGACACGCAGGACCUGCCCAGCUUGCUGCCCCUCUACGUCGGCAUGCGCCUGACCAUGUACUCGAAGGAUUGCGUGCGAUUGGGACUGAUGAAGGGCUGCGUGUGCACGCUUCGACAUAUCGUCUUCGCCGACGGCGAGAGUUUCCCCGCGGACUCCCUGGACGACAAUGUUGUGCACCUGCAGUACAUGCCGAUCACGUUAUGGUUGCAAGCGGACGGCGCUGAGUGGACGCUUCCAGCGUCAGACUUGCCCGCAGACUUGCCAACGUGCACUGACAGACAGGGGCUCUUCCAGAUGCGGCCCACCUACGGAUACCUCCGCGCCACGUGGGAAGAGGAGAACUUUUCUGUCCGCCGGACAACGUACCGGUUACUUCCAGCGGAUACCAUUAUAGUGCACG